GAUCUAGCAGUGGAAUAAAUAGCUCAGAAAGACCCACACAUGUAUAGAAACCUAAUAUACUACAGAGAUGGCACUGCAGAUUUGUGGAGACAGGAUGAAUUAUUCAAGAAAUGUGUAAGGACUUUUGGAAAAAAGUAAAAUUGUAUCUCUUAUACCACACACAAAAGUCCAGAUAAAUUAAGAAUUUAAAUGUGAAAGUCAAAACAUUUAAAGUUUUAGAAUAUAGAAAUAUGUUAAUGAUCUCAGAGUACAUAUAAAUAACAAAGAAUUAAUAUCCAGAUGUAUAAAGAACUCCCAUGAAUCAAUAAGACUACGUCCUGUAGUCUUCCUUAAUAACCCAUUUUCAAACAACCCAAUAGAAAAUGAACAAAUACUUUUUAAGAGCAUUUUACAUAAGAGAAAAGAUAAAUGGCUCACAAACAUACAAAUAUAGACUCAACCUCUUUGAUAAUUAAAGAAAUACAAAUUAAAAGGCGAAUAAGAUAUCCAAGUAUUGGCUAGGACAUGGAGCAAUGGGGAAUUCUCAUCCCCUGCUGGUGGGAGCUUAAAUUGGUUGCUACUAUUCUGUAAACAUUUUGGUAUCAGUAAAACUAAACAUGCAUAUAUUCUAUGACCUAAUAAUUCAAUACCUAGAUAUAUACCCUAGAAAAACUCUUGCACAUAUGUACCGAAAUAAAUAUACAAGAAUGUGUUGUUCUCUUACCUGGUGGGGUCAAAAUUACAAAAUUAACUCUGAAAUGUUUAAUUUAAAAUUGUACGACAUAAUCAUCUUCCAAAUUUUUAUAGAGCACAUAAAUAUUCUCUUCAUGAACUUAAUAUUAUUUAACUGCUAAAUUCAUUACUAAAUAUCAGUAACAUUCUUUUGUAAGUGCAGAGAUAAAACACACCUGUCAGGUCAAUUUUAGAUAUAGCAUGAAUGAGUUUUUGUUGACACUGACAGAAUAUACAUGUGACUCGCCAAAGACUCUAUCAAGCAUUUAUGAAAGAAAAUGUUUUUUUUGAAGAUUAUUUCAAUUUAAUCAGGAUUAACAGUAAAUAAAACUUUUAUCCUUAUCAUCACCGAGUGAAAUAAGUUUAGUUUUAAUCUUAACUAAAUAUACAGAAGGAAACAAUAAGAAUAUGGAGAGCCUGACGUCCUGUAGUCUUCCUUAAUAACCCAUUUUCAAGAGACUAUAAUCUGCUCAACAGAAAGCAUUCUACAAAAGAUUGUAAUCAGAUUCUGAGAAAAUUCACUCAAAAUAAACAAUAUGCCACUAAAAUCGAAACAAUGUAGGUAUUAGCAGCUAUACAAAAGGUUAGCCUCUAUCUGAUUACUCAUUUCUCAAAUGAUGAAAGUCUGUCUUUGAAGUGCUUUCUAUUCAAGCUGGAAAAUAUAUAAAAGGUAGGAAUCAUUUAUGAAGCAGUUUGAGAAAUUGUCUUCAUUUUACACUUCCUUGCUUAACUCGAUGCAAACAUCGAACUAAGAAUGGCAAAAAUGAGUCUCUCUUCCUACGUAUUAAUACUAACUUUUUCUUUGCUUUCUCAAGGCAUUUUCCUUUCAGCAUCCAAGUCCGUAAGAAAUUUAGAAGAUGACAUGGUAUUCAACACAUUUAGGCUGGGGAAAGCCUUUCAGAAGGAAGAUACUGCAGAAAAAUCAGUCGUUGCUCCUAUCCUGGAACAAUAUAAAAAUGAUGAAAGCAGUUUCAUGAACGAUGAGGAAAACAAAAAUUCAAAGAACGCAGGCUCCAAACAUAAUUUCUUAAAUCAUGGUCUGCCACUGAAUCUGGCUGGAAAACCUUAUCUUGCACUAAAAGGAUCUGUAGCUUUUCCAGCUGAGAAUGGAGUUCAGAAUACUGAAUCAACACAAGAAAAGAGAGAAAUGGGGGAUGAAGAAAACUCAGCUAAAUUUCCUAUAGGAAGGAGAGAUUUUGACAGUGAGUAG